AUGACACCUACACCUACGCCAUCUGUUACUCCUCAGCAGGGGGAGAGUGGAGCUAGUCACCACACUGGUGAGGCUAGCCACCAUACUACGGAUCCUACAUAUGUUCCGCAACCUUCUGUUGUUCAGUCCACUGGGGUUGCUGAGCCAAUUGUUGAUGAUGCUGCUGAUGAGCGAAGGCUCAUAUCAUUUAGGAAACACAAGCCACCCGUAUUUCAGGGGUCAAAUGACCCGAAGGAGGUUACUACUUGGCUAAGGGGAAUGGAUAAGGUAUUCCAGGUGAUGAGGUGCCAAGAUCCGCAGAAGUUAUUAUAUUCUGUGUAUAUGUUGGAGGGUGAUGCCCAAGAAUGGUGGGACAGCGUUUCUCGUCCUUAUGUUGUUCAGGGUGAAGAGAUCUCGUGGGCCAUGUUUGAGGGCCUAUUUCAUGAAGAAUACUUUCCCCAUGAUGUGAGAGAAGCUAAACAGGGAGAGUUUGAUAAGUUGGUGCAAGGGUCAAUGUCUGUGGAUGCUUAUGUGACUAAAUUCAAUGAGUUGGUCAAGUUUGCUAAUUAUGGAGGUACUCUGCCUACGCCCGAGUUUUUAUCUACAAAAUUCCAAAGAGGGCUGAGUGAAAAGAUUGCCAAGAGGAUGUCAAAUACGGCAGUGAGAAAUUUUGCUGAUCUUGUGACCCAAUGUAAGAGGGUUGAGACUGUUUAUGGUAGAUAUCCGAAAUCUAAUUCCGCAAAAGAGCAAGAGAACAAGAGGACUGCUGGUCCCUCUGGAAAUAGUAAUAGAGCUGGAUACCAUCCCAAUAACAACAGGGGAAGGGGGUUACAAUUAAGGCAGCGUCCUGGUCAAUUUAAGAAGAGUGGAGCCCCGGGCGGUGGAACUGUCGAUAAAUACUAUACCCCACAGUGUGGGAAGUGCAAGAGAUACCACAGAGAUGUAUGUGGUGCUGGCCCGGGGGCUUAUUUUAAAUGUGGUCAGACAGGCCAUUUUGCUAGGAGUUGUCCAUCUUCUGCUGGACAGGCUGCGAAUCUGCAGGCCUGGGCAUCUUAUACUCCUACUGCGGGACAGGCUGUAAAUCUGCAGGCCUUACCGACUACUACUACUACUGCUGCUAUCCCUACAGUUGGAAGGGUGUACACUACAACUGCGCAACAUACUGAAAAGGCCCCGAACUUGGUAAAAG